AUGGCGGUUCCUCUUUGUUGUCCGGCCUGUGGCCGGCUGGUCGGAAUCUUCCUUCUCCUAGGGGCGCUGUGGGAAAUUCAGGCCCAGCAGAUCCGCUACUCUGUCCCUGAGGAGCUGGACAAAGGCUCGUUCGUGGGCAACAUCGCCAAGGACCUGGGUCUGGAGCCCCAGGAGGUGGCGGAGCGCGGCGUCCGCAUCGUCUCCAGAGGUAGGACGCAGCUCUUUGGGCUGAGCGCGCGGAGCGGCAGCCUGGUGACCGCGGACAGGAUAGACCGGGAGGAGCUCUGCGACAGAGCUCCAAGAUGUGUCGCAAACCUGGAGAUUCUCCUCGAGGACAAAGUGAAGAUUUUCGGAGUGGAAGUGGAGAUAGUCGAUGUUAAUGAUAACGCGCCCAGCUUUGGGACAGAGGAAAGAGAGAUAAAAGUCGCUGAAAGUGAAGUUCCUGGGACAAGGUUUCCUCUUCCCGAAGCUUUUGACCCCGAUAUAGGGGCGAACUCCCUGCAAGGCUACCAGCUAAGCCCCAAUGCUCACUUCUCCCUGGACGUGCAGAGCGGCGCGGAUGGGAUCAUGUACCCGGAGCUGGUGCUGGAGCGCGCACUGGACCGCGAGCAGGAGGCCGCGCACCUCCUGGUCCUCACCGCCCAGGACGCGGGCGACCCCGUUCGCUCUGGCACCGCCAGGAUUCACGUCAAAGUUAGCGAUAUCAACGACAACACGCCGGUAUUCACUCAGUCCGAGUACCGCGUGAGUGUCCGGGAAAACGCACCGGUGGGCACCCGACUACUCACUGUAAAAGCCACGGAUCCAGAUGAAGGAGCCAAUGGCGAGGUGACGUAUUCUUUCCGGAAAGUGAGGGAGAAGAUAUCGCAGCUCUUCCAGUUGAAUUCUCUGACCGGGGACAUAGCAAUAUUGGAAAAUCUAGAUUACGAGGACUCCGGAUUCUAUGCCAUCGAUGUAGAAGCCCACGACGGACCCGGUCUCCGUGCCAGAAGUAAGGUCCUGGUGACAGUGUUGGAUGUAAAUGACAACGCUCCGGAGGUAACGGUUACAUCUCUCACCAGCUCCGUCCAAGAGAACUCCUCUCCAGGGACAGUGAUUGCGCUGUUCAAUGUGCAUGAUGGCGACUCCGGAGAAAACGGCCUUGUGAGCUGUUCGGUUCCUGAUCACCUGCCCUUCACGCUUGAAAAGACCUAUGGGAAUUACUAUCGGUUGCUGACACACAGAACUCUGGACCGGGAAGAAGUUCCCGAGUAUAAUAUCACUGUAAUUGCAACAGAUCAAGGAACUCCGCCCUUAUCUACAAAAACCCAUCUCUCACUGGUCGUGACAGACAUCAAUGACAAUGCACCCGCCUUUGCACGUGCCUCUUACUCUGCCUAUGUUCCCGAGAACAACCCCAGAGGCACCUCCUUCUUCUCCUUGACUGCCCAAGAUCCCGACAGUGGGGAGAAUGCCCGGGUUACUUACUCUCUGGCAGAAGACACCGUACAGGGCACACCUCUGUCCUCCUACAUCUCCAUCAACUCUGACACCGGGGUCCUGUAUGCCCUGCGCUCCUUCGACUAUGAGCAAUUUCGAGACUUACAACUACAGGUGACAGCUAGCGACAGUGGAGACCCACCACUCAGCAGCAAUGUCACAUUGAGAUUGUUCGUGCUGGACCAGAACGACAAUGUCCCUGAGAUCCUGUAUCCCGCUUUUCCCACCGACGGUUCCACCGGCGUGGAGCUGGCGCCUCGCUCCGCAGAGCCCGGCUACCUGGUGACCAAAGUGGUGGCGGUGGACAAAGACUCGGGUCAGAACGCCUGGCUGUCCUACCGCCUGCUCAAGGCCAGCGAGCCAGGGCUGUUCGCGGUGGGGGUGCACACGGGCGAGGUGCGCACUGCGCGGGCCCUGCAGGACAGAGAUACACUCAAGCAGAGCCUGGUGGUGGCGGUCCAGGACCACGGCCAGCCCCCUCUCUCGGCCACUGUCACGCUCACUGUGGCCGUGGCCGACAGCAUCCCUGAUGUGCUCGUGCUUGCUGACCUGGGCAGUAUCAAGACGCCAUCUGACCCACAUGAUUCAAGCCUCACACUGUACCUGGUGGUGGCCGUGGCCGCUGUCUCCUGUGUCUUCCUUGCCUUCGUCAUCAUUCUGUUGGCGCUCAGGCUGAGGCGCUGGCACACGUCGCACCUGCUCCAGGCGUCAGGUGUCGGGCUGGCAGGUGUGUCUGCCUCGCAGUUUGUGGGCAUGGACGGGGUGCAGGCUUUUCUACAGACCUAUUCCCAUGAGGUCUCCCUCACUGCGGACUCUCGGAAGAGUCACUUAAUCUUCCCGCAGCCAAACUAUGCUGAUACACUCAUUAGUGCAGAGAGCUGCGAGAAGAGCGAACCUCUUCUAUUAACUCAAGAUUUACUUGAAGCGAAAGGAGACUCCAAUCAGCCUGUGGCGAGGGGACAGAGGAUGGGAGAGGGCGCAGGGCGGCGCGCGGCCGGGCGGUGGCGGCCGGUGGGGACUCUGCUCUUGUGUGUGCUGGGCGCAGCUGUCUCAGACCAGGUCCGCUAUGCAGUUCCAGAGGAACUGCCCAAGAGCACGGUGGUGGGGAACCUCGCCAAGGAUCUGGGCUUCCACAUCCGGGAUUUAGCAUCCCGGAAGCUGCGGGUAAGCGGCGAGAAGGAUUAUUUCACUGUGAACCCAGACAGCGGGGACUUACUUGUUGGGGACAGAAUAGACCGAGAGCAGAUUUGUGGGAAGAAGCCUCAGUGUGUUCUGGAUUUUGAUGCUGUCGCUGAAAACCCACUAAACAUUUUCCAUGUAGCAGUAAUUGUGCAGGAUAUAAAUGACAAUGCUCCGCUAUUCAAACAGAGGGAGACAGAUUUAAAAAUUGGAGAAUCUACUCAGCCAGGUACUACAUUUCCACUAGACCCAGCUCAGGAUUCAGAUGCUGGUUCUUUUUCACUGCAAAAAUACCACCUAAAUGAUAAUGAAUACUUUGGUCUGUCAGAGAAGCAGACCCCAGAUGGGCGGAGAUAUCCUGAACUGGUUCUGAAACGUUCUCUGGACAGAGAAGAGCAGAAUUUCCAUCAGUUGUUCCUCAUGGCUGUGGACGGUGGGGACCCACCCAAAAGUGGCACCACUCAGAUCGGAGUCCAAGUGACUGAUGCCAACGACAACCCGCCAGAGUUCAGCCAGGACGUGUACAGAGUCAGCUUGCGGGAGGACGUACCCCCGGGCACUGCAGUCCUUAGUGUGACAGCCACCGACCUGGAUGAAGGCCUCAAUGCGGAAAUCACCUACUCCUUUCAUAACAUGGACGAACAAGUGGUCCACUUUUUCAACUUAGAUGAAAGAACAGGAGAAAUCACGACAAGGGAUUAUUUGGAUUUUGAAAUUGCUAAUACUUACACUCUGAGUAUCGAAGCGAAAGAUCCUGGCGAUCUCGCAGCCCAUUGCAGGAUCCACGUAGACAUUCUGGACGAGAAUGACUGUGCCCCUGAAGUGAUCGUGACUUCAGUAUUUACUCCACUACCAGAGGAUUCGCCCAGAGGAACAGUGAUAGCUUUGAUCAAAACGAGAGACAGAGACUCGGGAGAAAAUGGAGAGGUUCACUGCCAGAUCUUUGGAAAUGCCAAAUUUAAAUUGAAAUCCUCUUCUAAGAACUAUUACAAAUUAGUGACAGACGAAGCGCUGGAUCGUGAACAAAUCCCCGAAUACAACAUCACCAUCACAGCCACCGACAGGGGCAAGCCACCCCUCUCCUCUAGCACAAGCAUCACGCUGCACGUUGCGGAUGUAAACGACAACACACCCAUUUUCCACCAAUCUUCAUAUGUGGUCCACGUGGCAGAGAACAACCCUCCUGGCGCCUCCAUCGCGCAGGUCAGCGCUUUUGACCCGGACUUGGGGCCCAGCGGCCAAGUGUCCUAUUCUAUAGUAUCCAGCGACCUGGAGCCUCGCGCGCUGUCCUCCUAUGUGUCUGUGAGCGCGCACAGCGGGGUGGUGUUCGCGCAGCGCGCCUUCGAUCAUGAGCAGCUGCACGCCUUCCAGCUGACGCUGCAGGCGCGUGACCAGGGCUCGCCCUCGCUCAGCGCCAACGUGAGCCUGCGCGUGCUGGUGGGAGACCGCAAUGACAAUGCGCCCAGGGUGCUGUACCCGGUGCUGGGGCUCGAUGGCUCAGCGCUCUUUGACACGGUGCCACGCGCCGCGCAGCCGGGCUACCUGGUCACCAAGGUGGUGGCGGUGGAUGCGGACUCUGGGCACAACGCCUGGCUGUCCUACCACGUGCUGCAGGCCAGCGAGCCUGGGCUCUUCAACGUGGGGCUGCGCACGGGCGAGGUGCGCACAGCUCGCGUCUUGGGUGACAGAGACCCUGCCCGUCAUCGUUUGCUGGUCACUGUGCGUGAUGGAGGUCAGCCGCCUCUCUCUGCCACAGCCACGCUGCUCCUGGUCUUCGCAGACAACCUGCAGGAGGCGCUGCCGGACCUCAGCGAGCCCCCAGAGCCCACUGACUCACAGACCGAGCUGCAGUUCUAUCUGGUGGUGGCCUUGGCCCUGAUUUCCGUGCUCUUCCUCCUCGCGGUCAUCCUGGCCAUUGCCCUGCACCUGCGACGCUCUUCCAGCCCCACCUCCUGGGGUUGUAUUCAGCCUAGUCUCAGCUCCAAAUCUGGACCUGGAAUUCUCCCCAUCGACAGUGAGGGAACGUUGCCCCACUCCUACAAUCUGUGCAUUGCCUCGCAAUCGGCUAAGACAGAAUUUAAUUUUCUCAGCGUGACUCCGGAGUCAGCUCCCACUCAGGAUCUCCUCUGUGAUGAUGCCUCUUGGGUACCUAGUACAAAUCAUGACGACACGAAGGCACCAUUUGCCUCAGAUCCUGUUUUAGAGGUUUAUUACUAUUGA